AGUUUGCAGUGCAGCCUGCUCCAGCAGUGACCUACAGAACUUCUGGUGGGAUCCUUGAUUUCUAUAUCUUCUUGGGGAACACUCCAGAGCAAGUAGUCCAGGAGUACCUGCAGCUCGUGGGACUGCCAGUAUUGCCUUCCUACUGGAGUCUGGGCUUCCAGAUCAGCCGCUGGAAUUACGGGUCUUUGGAUGAGGUGAAGAAAGUUGUGGAGAGGAACAGGGCGAUUGGACUCCCUUACGAUGCUCAGAUCACCGAUAUUGACUAUAUGGAGGAAAGGAAAGAUUUUACUUAUGAUAAAGUGAAGUUUCAAGAUCUCCCUAAUUUUGCAGCUUAUAUGCAUGAAUAUGGACAAAAAUAUAUUAUCAUAUUGGAUCCUGCUAUUAGCACACAAAAUCUAGUUGACGGUAGUCCAUAUGGAAGCUACAUCAGGGGACAGAGCAAAAAAGUCUGGGUUAAUGAAUCAGAUGGAGUAACACCAUUACUUGGGGAGGUGUGGCCAGGGGAAACUGUCUUCCCAGAUUUCACCAACCCAGAGUGCACUAGCUGGUGGGUGGAAGAAUGCAAACUGUUCUAUAACACAGUGCCAUAUGAUGGGAUCUGGAUUGAUAUGAAUGAAAUAUCCAACUUCGUUCAAGGCUCAAAAACAGGUUGUGCGCCGAAUGACUUGAACUAUCCUCCUUUCACUCCCAGUAUUCUUGAUAAGCUCAUGUUUUCCAAGACACUUUGUAUGGAUGCAGUGCAGACAUGGGGGAAACAUUACGACGUCCACAGUCUUUAUGGAUAUUCCAUGGCCAUAUCAACGCAGAAAGUUAUCGAAGCACUGUUUCCUGGAAAACGAAGCUUCCUUAUUUCGAGGUCUACUUUUGUUGGAUCAGGAAAGCACACAGGACACUGGCUGGGAGAUAAUGCAGCAACAUGGGAUCACUUAAAAUGGGCAAUACCUGGAAUACUGGACUUUAACCUCUUUGGAAUUCCUUAUAUUGGAGCAGAUAUUUGUGGCUUCUUUGAUGACACCACAGAAGAACUUUGCAGACGAUGGAUGCAAGUAGGAGCAUUUUACCCAUUUUCCAGGAAUCACAAUUCUGAAGGAUUCAUAGAUCAGGAUCCGGCUGUGUUUGGACCUGAUUCAGUCUUGGUGAAAACCUCCAAGUAUUACUUGAAUAUUCGCUACACUUUGCUGCCCUACCU